AUGGCGCUGGGGAGUGUGGACCUCGUGUUUUGCCACGAUGCGAGCCUGCUUCCCGCCUUCGCACGGCUCUUGGGACCAAUCGAGACGUGGCGGCUGCGGGCAACUGCAUCCAUCGCUGCGGCCACUUUGGUGGCCACGCUGCCCAGGCUUCGCUGCUUGUGGCAGGUGGACACGGCUUCCGGCCCAGAACUCGCCGAGGUGAUUCGCCAGAGCCUUGGGCGCCUGGAAGAGGCCGACUUGGCUCGGCUUGUCGGGGAGAAAUUGCUCCUCGGCUUUCCAGAAAGCCUGGCAGCCAAUGAUCUGGGCCAAACUGCGGUGACUUGGGCUGCCGACUACGGCCUUGCCAAGGUACUGCAGUUGCUGCUCAGCCCGCUCUGUGAUGCUCGCAGCUGGGCACUUGACAAGGUUGAGAGCAACGGCUGGUACCCGCUCUUCCGCGCUGCCUGGAACGGCCGGGCUGAUUGUGCAAAGCUUCUCUUGCGAGCUGCUGCAGACCCGGAAGGGGUCGCCAGUGCUGGCAGGUAUUCCCCUUUGAUGUCAGCUGCGCGCUGGGGGCACAACGAGGUAGUGGGGCUGCUGCUCGCCGCGGCCGCCGAACCAGCACGCUGCAAUCGGUUUGGCGAGGACGCAUGGGUGCUCGCGAAAGGUCAGGGACAUGCGCAGGUACUGCAGCUGAUGAGCGAUGCCGGAGCACAAGAGCGCGACCUCUUCGAAGAGGAGUGGCGAACCUCCAACCGUGCACGCAGAACUCUCGGUCAGGGCUGGGUCGCUCUUGGAAGCGACUUCUACUUGUCGAAGAGCUAA